AUGGCACUGAGUACAGGAGUGGUUCUCCGGCUGCUGGUGGUGGUGAUGAGGGGUAUAGCUGCUCCAGCCCCAAUCUGCUCUCUGCUGGGCCAACCCGCUCUGCCUCUCCUGUCUGCCGAGGGGGACAUCAACAUUGGGGCAGUGUUCGGUAUACAUAGGAAUGCCCUCUUCAAGGUCCAUUCGUUCACCUCCAGACCAGAGAAAGCACCCUGUAUCAGUUUCAACCCACGUGAGUUCCAGUUUGCACAGACCCUGAUCUUUGCCCUGGAGGAGAUCAACAACAGCAGUGAUCUGCUCCCAGGGCUGUCUCUGGGUUACCAGGUCUAUGACUCCUGUAGCUAUGCCCCCCUGGCCAUCCACUCAGCCCUGGCCCUGAUGAACAGCCCUGGGCCUGAGGACAGCCUGGGAGACUCCUCCUCCUGUUCCAGAUCUCCAGCCGUGUUGGGUAUUGUAGGGGAGUCAAGCUCCACAUCCACCAUCGGAAUGUCAUCCCUGGUCGGACCAUUCAGCAUCCCUGUGAUCAGCCACUUUGCCACCUGUGCUUGUCUGAGUAACAGAAAGAAGUUCCCCUCCUUCUUCAGAACCAUCCCCAGUGACUUCUACCAGAGCAGAGCCCUGGCAAAGCUGGUAAAACACUUUGGAUGGAACUGGGUGGGAGUGGUGAACAGCAACAAUGACUAUGGAAACAACGGCAUGGCCACAUUCAUGGAGGCAGCGUGGCAUGAAGGGGUCUGUGUAGAGUACCAAGAGUCCAUUCACCGCACAGACCCCAGAGAGAAGCUCCUGGAAGUCGUCAAGGUCAUCCGGAGGGCCACAGCCAGGGUGGUGGUACUGUUCUUGACCUUGGGGGAACUCAUCCCCCUGAUGAAUGAGAUGGCCCUGGAGGGAGACCCAGGGCUUCAGUGGGUGGGCAGCGAGUCCUGGAUCACAGCCAGACUGCUGGCGGAUAACAAGGCCUACGGCUUCCUGAGGGGAGCGGUUGGCUUUGCCAUCAGGAAUGCCAGGCUGGAUGGUCUGGAGGGGUUCCUAGACAAGGUGCACCCCUCCCAGGCGCCAGACAACACCCUGCUCAGGGAGUUCUGGGAGACUGUGUUCCAGUGCUCCUUCGAGGGGGGCAGCAGCACGCUGUGCACAGGAACAGAGAGCUUAGCAAAGCUGAAGAACCAAUACACUGACGUGUCAGAGCUGAGAAUAUCCAGUAAAGUGUACACAGCUGUAUAUGCCAUUGCACACGCUCUGCACAACCUACUGACAGACUUAAAGAAUGACACAGACAGCGGCAAAAGACCAGUCUACACACCACAGCAGGUGCUACAGUACCUGAAGGAGGUGAGGUUUAGAGUAAAGACAGGAGAGGAGAUCUGGUUUGAUGAUAACGGAGAUGUGGUGGCGUGCUACGACCUAGUGAACUGGCAGCAGGAGGAGGAUGGGACCCUGCAGUUCCAUGCUGUGGGGCUGUAUGAUUCCUCGAUGCCCCCUGAACAGCGCAUUACCUUCAACAAGGGAAAACUGGUCUGGGUAGGGGGGCAGGCAGAGGCACCUGCAUCAGUGUGCAGUGAGAGCUGUCCCACAGGCACUCGUAAGGCUGUACAGAAAGGAAAGCCUGUUUGCUGUUAUGACUGUGUACCAUGUGCGGAGGGAGAGAUCAGUAAUAUCACAGAUUCUAACGGCUGCUAUCGAUGUGACUUGGAGUAUUGGUCAAAUGAAAAAAGGGACCGCUGUGUGUUGAAACCAGUUGAAUUCCUCUCCUAUGAAGAAAUGAUGGGCAUAGUUCUGGUGUUUUUCUCCUUACUGGGGUCCGGUGUUACUACUCUGGUAGCUGUGGUGUUUUCAAUUCAUAAGGACACUCCCAUCGUCAGGGCCAACAACUCUGAGCUGAGCUUCCUGCUGCUCUUCUCCUUGACUCUGUGUUUUCUGUGUUCUCUUACUUUCAUUGGCCGGCCCUCUGAGUGGUCCUGUUCGCUGCGCCACACAGCGUUUGGGAUCACCUUCGUCCUCUGCAUCUCUUGUGUUCUGGGGAAAACAAUAGUGGUGUUGAUGGCCUUCAGGGCUACACUUCCAGCCAGUAAUGUCAUGAAAUGGUUUGGUCCUCCACAGCAGAGACUCAGUGUUCUGGCUUUCACUCUCAUUCAGGUCCUGAUCUGUGUACUUUGGUUAACAGUCUCCCCUCCUUUCCCCUACAAGAACAUGAAGACCUAUAAGGAAAAGGUCAUUCUAGAGUGUGAUGUGGGUUCAGCUAUUGGUUUCUGGGCUGUGUUGGGGUAUAUAGGACUCCUGGCUCUCUUGUGCUUUGUGCUGGCUUUUCUGGCUCGAAAGCUGCCUGAUAACUUCAAUGAGGCCAAAUUCAUCACCUUCAGCAUGCUCAUAUUCUGUGCAGUCUGGAUCACCUUUAUCCCAGCUUAUGUCAGCUCUCCUGGGAAGUUCACUGUAGCUGUGGAGAUCUUUGCUAUUCUGGCCUCCAGUUUUGGUUUACUUUUCUGCAUUUUUGCUCCUAAAUGUUUCAUUAUAUUGCUGAGGCCAGAGCAAAACACCAAGAAACAUGUGAUGGGGAAGACAUCCAACGAAAAACGAUAUUAAAGAAACAAAUUAUGGGGAAGACAUGCAAUGAUGUACGAUAUUAAAGAAAGAUAUUAUGGGGAAGACAUCUAAUGACAUACAAUAUUAUUUUGGGAAAGGCGUCAACCAAAGCCCUUCAGGAUGAAUACUGACCAUUGGCCUAUUCUAAGUCGUUCUAUAAUAAACACAGACACAUCAUAUCUAAGUCAGUCAUGGGUUGACCUCAUUCACAGGCUCAAUUGAUACCAAAAAAUAGAGCCUGGAAACACUGUGCAGUGAAGUGUUACUUGAAAGGGGAAGGGUUCAAAUCAAGGAUAGAGAGAGCCUGCUACAGUUUGACUAUGAAAACUGCAGAAAACCUCACAAUGAUCAUAGGACUUUUAGGAAGCCCCAACUGAUUCUGAGUUUGGGCAUAUUUCUUAUUUGAUUUAUUUCACCUUUAUUUAACCAGGUAGGCUAGUUGAGAUGAAGUGCUCAUUUACAAAUGCGACCUGGUCAAAAUAAAGCAAAGCAGUGCGACACAAACAACAACACAGAGUUACACAUGGAACAAACAAACAUGGAGUCAAUAAUACAAUACAGUGUGUGCAAAUGAGGUAGGAUAAGGGAGGUAAGGCAAUAAAUAGGCCAUAGUAGAUACAUAAUUACAAUAUAGAAUUUAAACACUGGCGUGAUAAGAUGUGCAGAAGAUGAGUUUGCAAGUAGAGAUACUGGGGUACAAAAGGAGCAAAAUAAGACAUUUGCAUGUGAGAGAUAGACGUGAACUCACUUCCUUGUUUAGCCUAAUUCGUUUGCAGAGGGCAGGUUCUAAGGGUUUUGUUGGACGGUGAAGGAUUGAGAUAUCAGCCAAUGUAAAUCCGCUCCUGCCAUGGGCUCCAUUCCGGUCUCUUCAUGAGACAUUGUGAGAGAUGGUUCGAAUGAGAAAGAGCCGGCUGGUAGACGAGAUCUGUCACAUGUACAUGGAUGUUAAAUAAGUUCCGAACACACAUCCAACUGCACAUUAUGCCAAGCAGCCAUAUCUACAUGGGUGUGGUCGCACAUUAUGAAAGUCAAGACAAGAAUUUUGACAAAGCCUAUGUUUCUCACUGCUCUACCCCAACAGCCACUGACAGCCUGCUGUGCUUCCACAGGCCCCCUCAGUGACCCCCUCAGUGACUGCUGCUGUCCAGUCCAGGUCCAGAUCAGGAGCCCACACACAAGCCCCUUACUGAGCCUCUGUCUCACAGGCCUGCUCUGGACAAGCAUGGUCUACUAUCUCAUCCUAAACAACAUUGACUUCUUAAACCUCUCCUCAUAGGCCUGUGGGCCACAACCCAAUGUGUGUUAAUAUACACCAAUAGCAUUUCGCAUUCAUACCACCAUCAACACAUAGCAAGGCCUCAGUGAAAUGUGUUAUAAAGAAUAUAUGUGUAUUUUCCAUGUAUCGUGUAAUGUAUUGGCUACCCUUCAUGUAAUAUUAUAGUGGUUGUCAUAAACAAUUCAGCUGUCUAACAUCUCUAGAUCUCCAGUCUUAUUUUAAUUAUUACAACGCUAGAGAAAGACACAAAUAAAUUAAUGUUAAUUUUAUAUGAAUUGUGUGACUCGCUUCAGCUGGCCAAAUGUAUUUGUAUGUAGUAGUAGUAGUAGAGGUUGAAGUGGUAGUAGUGGUAGUAUUACAAGUGGUAGUUGUAGUUUUACAAGUGAUAGUGGGAGUUGUAGUAGUGGACGCAGGCCUGGUGGGAGGAGAAGUAGUGGUAGUAGGCCUAGUGGCAGUGUUAGAAGUAGUGGUAGUAGUGGUAGUAUUACAAGUGGUAGUGGUAGUGUUAGUAGGCCUGGUGGUAUUAGUAGUAGUGGUAGUAGGCCUAGUGGUAGUUUGCCUAGUAGUAGUAGUGGUAGUUGUUGUAACUUUAAUGUGUUACAGAGUCAAUGUUUAAGUUUAUUCUUUGAGCUGUAUCUAAAGAUAUUUCUUUAGAUUUAUUUGCAUAUGUAAUUGUAUUGGGUUGUGUUGAAUUACGCUUUUUGACUGCAAGUCCCAGAAUGCCUUGCGAGAGGAAUGAGUGAUAACGCGCCAAUUAUGUGCAGGUGCGAGUGAUUGUGGCUGACUUUCCGACAGCAUCUUACCUGCAUUGCUCUGUACCAAAACAAUUGUUGUUAAAUGUAACGUGAACAAGUAUUCUUACUAAAAGAAGC